GGCCCUAGGAUUUCUAAACUUACAUCUGGCCUUUCAGGUUGUGAGGAAGGUAUGUCAAAAUAGGAAGAUAAAAACUUAACAGUUCUUAGCUUGAUAACUUUAAAAUAACUAGACAUAAGAUAUGUAUCCCUCAUCCAUCCUGUUGUACUAGGUGCCAUAUUUGUUGGGGGAAGAUUAUCACUUGGAAUCUUGAGUUACAGAAUUGGAGAAAAGGAAAUUGGAAAUGGCAGGCUUUCCCAGAUGUUGGAUUUGGGCAGUUAUUUGCAUUCCAUGCUGUGGUAGCUGAUUUGUCAGCCUUUUAGGCAGAAAAUGUCCCCAAAGCCAUUACUGACUUUAUAUACUGUUCAGGCUGUGAGCACUGCAGUCAGCUCCUACGAGGCAUUUCUCGGCAGGAGCUGGCCAUGUUCCCAGAUCAGAGCUGGCUAUUAGUUAUGGCUGCAGGGCAGACUAGGAAUGGACUGGGUUGAAGUCCUAUCCUAGCAGGUGAGGACAGACCAAGUGGCCCAUGGCCUUCCCUUUUGGGUGUGGAGUCCACAGACCUUUCUUGUCUUUCUCUCCCUCCUCCCCACAGCAGGCAAGAUGGAAAGGUGGGCUGGGGUGAGGUGGGGUGCUUCCUUUCUGUCUUCCAGUUUAGCCUCCUGCUUCAAAUCCCACCCACAUCCUUACUUUAGUCAAAGGCCAUUUCUCAAGUAACCAUUUCUCCAUGUAACUUGGGUGGAGAACUUGUACCCCAACCUCUUGGCCCCCUGACUUGCUGUCUGUCCCUUUCACCUCUUUCUGGGGUCUUAUAUCUGCCUGUUGUGGUCAUGUUAUUAUAUUCCCAUAAAAGUUGCCUGCCAUCAUAUGUCAUCAGUUUACUGCCUCUGAGACUCUGAGCCUGACAGACACACAGAUGAAGGAAACACUGCAGAGUCCCCGGUGUGUGUGAACACAUCUCUGUUUGGAGUCUCAUUCAGAAAAAGCUGCAUCAGCCCAAGUAACAAACAGGAACAUCAUUUCCCUGUAGGAGUGUGCCUUAGGGCAGGAAGUGACCUCAGAGACCCCCCACCCACCCCUGACCCCUGAAUCCCUUCCCCUCAGCCCUUUGAUGCCUAGGAAGUAGAGUCCUGCCGCCAUGUUCUCCCUCUGCUUGUGGUCCUGGUGGUGAGUUAAAACAAAGUUCUGGAGAGAGGAAAGAAAGGUCUGAUUUGCCCCCAACCACCAUGACUGAGGUGACUGCCCAUCACUCACGGAGGCAUCCUGGGGAGCAGCCCUGUUCCGCAGCCCUCUGUCUUCUGGGACUGUCUCAGCCAUGGGGCCCAGCGGUGUCUGUGCCACUUUGCUGAGGCUUCCUUCACCUUAGCUGCUACCUGACUGUGCCAGUGUUUUCUCUUUCUCAGAGUUGGGCAAUAUCUGGCCCUGGUUCACUGUGCCUCCCAGCACUCCUCUCAGGCAGGCCCUCCUACAAACACAGGCUGUGUGUUCUGCCUGCUGCCAAGAUAGUGCACAUGCUCUGGGUAAAGGUACAUCAGAUAAUGGCAUCCGUGGCCAAACCCCAGUCCAGCUGCUGCAAAGGUCUGGAGAGGGACUCCAGAGCCCUGUGAGGAACAAGCAGGGCACUGUGCUGCUCACUCCUCUGUUGGGGCUCCCCCAGGAAGGGUCCGGCCACCCAAAAAUUCACCUCUUCUGCCUCUUGGCCAUGACUGAACUCCCAUCUCUGACCUCUGUGGGGUCCUUGGGGCUCCAAGUAAACAGUGGCCCCCAGAGCUCCCCAGAGGAGGUUCCUACAGCUUGUUCAAGGCCUCGACACAGCCUGGGCAUUCUCCAUGCCUCCUACAGUGUCAGUCACCAGGUUGGACCCUGGUGGGACUUUACAUCUUGCCGGCAGCAGUGGGACAGGCAGAUCCUCAAGGAUGUCUCCUUGUACAUCGAGAGUGGGCAGAUCUUGUGCAUCUUAGGGAGCUCAGGCUCCGGGAAAACCACGCUGCUAGAUGCCAUGUCUGGGAGGCUGCGGCGCACGGGGACCUUCCUUGGGGAGGUGUUCAUGAAUGGCCGGCUGCUGCACAGGGACCAGUUCCAGGACUGCUUCUCCUAUGUCCAGCAGAGUGACACGCUGCUGAGCAACCUGACGGUGAGGGAGACUCUGCGCUAUGCAGCACUGCUGGCUGUCCAUCGCUGCUCCCCAGGUUUCCUCCAGAAGAAGGUGGAUGCAGUCAUGGUAGAGCUGAGUCUGAGCCACGUGGCAGAUCGACUGAUUGGCAAUUACAACCUUGGGGGAAUUUCCAAUGGCGAGAGGCGCCGGGUCUCCAUCGCAGCCCAGCUUCUCCAGGAUCCCAAGGUCAUGCUGUUUGAUGAGCCCACCACAGGUCUGGACUGCAUGACAGCAAAUCAGAUCGUUGUCCUCCUGGCAGAGCUGGCUCGCAGGAACCGCAUUGUGAUUAUCACCAUCCACCAGCCACGCUCUGAGCUCUUUCAGCUCUUUGAUAAAAUCGCCAUUCUGAGCUAUGGAGAGCUGGUUUUCUGUGGGACACCGGUGGAAAUGCUUGAUUUCUUCAAUGGCUGCAAUUACCCUUGUCCUGAACAUUCAAACCCUUUUGACUUUUAUAUGGACCUGACAUCAGUGGAUACUCAAAGCAAAGAACGGGAAAUGGAAACCUACAAGAGAGUCCAGAUGAUUGAAUCUGCCUACAAAGAAUCAGCAAUUUAUCACAAAACCUUGGAGAAUAUUGAAAGAGCAAAACACCUGAAAACAUUGUCAACGGUUCCGUUUAAAACCAAAGAUUCUCCUGGAGCUCUCUCUAAACUGGGUGUUCUCUUAAGGAGAGUGACAAGAAACUUGCUGAGAAAUAAGCUGGCAGUGAUUAUGCGUCUUGUUCAGAAUCUGAUCAUGGGUUUGUUCGUCGUUUUCUAUCUUCUGCGGGUCCAGAACGAUGUGCUGAAGGGUGCUGUCCAGGAUCGCGUGGGUCUCCUAUACCAGUUUGUAGGUGCCACCCCAUAUACAGGCAUGCUCAACGCUGUGAAUCUGUUUCCUGUGCUGCGAGCUGUCAGUGACCAGGAGAGCCAAGACGGCCUGUACCAGAAGUGGCAGAUGCUGCUGGCCUAUGUGCUGCACGUCCUCCCCUUCAGUGUCAUUGCAACCAUGAUGUUCAGCAGUGUGUGCUAUUGGACUCUGGGUUUAUAUCCUGAGGUUGCCAGAUUUGGGUAUUUCUCUGCUGCUCUCUUGGCUCCCCACUUGAUCGGUGAAUUUCUAAGUCUUGUGCUACUUGGUAUGGUCCAAAACCCAAAUGUGGUCAAUAGCAUGGUGGCUCUGCUCUCUGUUGCUGGGAUAUUUGUAGGAUCUGGAUUAAUAAGAAACACAGAAGAAAUGUCCCUUCCUUUUAAAAUCCUCAGUUACUUUACAUUCCAAAAAUACUGCUCUGAGAUUCUUAUAGUCAAUGAGUUUUAUGGACAGAAUUUCAUUUGUGGCAGCUCAAAUGGUUCUGUGACAACUAAUCCAAUGUGUGCCUUCACUCAAGGAAUUCAAUUCAUUGAGAGAACCUGUCCAGGUGCAACAUCCAGAUUCACGACAAACUUUCUGAUUUUGUAUGCCUUUAUCCCAGUUCUUGUUAUGCUAGGAAUAGUUGUUUUUAAAGUAAGGGAUCAUCUCAUUAGCAGAUAGUAAAGAACAUUGCUGCAAAAAUGGACCUUACACCCCAAAUGUGCAUGACUACUUGGAAUGUCUAAACUAAGAAAGUCACAUGUUUCUUGAUAAUAUAGUCUUUUAAACAUUAAAACUCCCAUCUGUGCCCCUCAGAUCCACACAGGUCAUGAUAUUCCAACUUGCAGGGACAUGUGAUAUUUGGAAAUUGUGACUGAGCUGGUCCAAAUAUGUAAAUAUCAAGAAUUCAUAAAGUUAUGGGAGACUGGUGAGACUAUUUUUCUUUGUUCCAGAUGCAGAAAAAUACAUCAGUUAAAAAAUUAUGCUUACAAACAAAAAAAAAUUAGGCUUACACUUGAUACAAGAUUUGGUAAGAAGACGACAUGUGAAUGAUCACUCACUGUAAAUAACAGAAAAGAGAAUUGUGGGUUUGACUAGAGCAAGCAUCAUGCAGAAUUAGGUAGGAAUUCUUUCAUUAUCAUUUAAAAACCUACAUGAGGGGGCUGAGUUACUCAACCACAUUAAAAGGAUGUUAGGCAGAUGCUGGAUGAUGAAGACCCCUGAAACAGAGCACCUGGUGAUUUUUUGGGGGUAGUUAAAAUGAAAAACUAGGAAUGGGCUGAACUGAGAACAUCACAUACCAGACAAACCUCUGGUAAUGUUUUUAAAGAUGAGUUUGCUAUUUUUCCACUUUUCACUUGUGUAUGUUGCUAGAUAAAGUGUAUGCAUUGAGUAAUGGCAUCUUUAAGGCUAGAGAGCAGGUAUUAACGUCCAUACAGAAAAGGUGUUCAACUGACACAACAUUUACACUAAGAAGAACCAGGUUACACAUGUGGAAUUCAGAUUCUUGAAUUGUAAAGGGAAAGAAUGCUGAUAAAUACAAAUACACUUAUUUUACAUAUUUUUCGGGAUGAAAUGAUGUAUAUAGAUGAUUAAAAAUGAGUUCUGUACUAUC